CUUAAAUCGAUUUUUAUUUCUGUUUUAUGGACUGAGGUCGACCUAUGAUGAUAUUGAGGUCGACCUGUGAAGUUCGAGUUGAGAUUUCUGGCCUUAUUAUUUAGAUCUAUAGCUUGAAAAUAUGGACUUUUUCCUUCUGUUCGCCAGUUGCGGUUGACCUUUUCAUAAUCAUGGUCGACCGCAUCUGGCUUUCAAGCGAUCUUAUUUCUGUUUUAUUUGUGCGAAACUAACACUGGUCGACCGCUUCUAUUUAUGAGGUCGACCGAAUCUGUUUUGCACUCAAUUGAUACGAGCAUUUGGGCCAUUUCUUUUGUUUUAAUUUAGCCGAGGUCGACCUAUGAUGCUUCUGAGGUCGACCUAUGAAGGCAAAAGUUCGAUUUGUGCCUUUGUCUUUGAAUUAUUUGUGCAAAACUAACACUGGUCGACCUCUUCUAUUUAUGAGGUCGACCGAAUCUGUUUUGCACUCAAUUGUUACGAGCAUUUGGGCCAUUUCUUUUCGUUUUAAUUUAGCCGAGGUCGACCUAUGAAGGCAAAAGUUCGAGUUGUGCCUUUGUCUUUGAAUUAUUUGUGCAAAACUAAAACUGGUCGACCUCUUCUAUUUAUGAGGUCGACCGAAUCUGUUUUGCACUCAAUUGAUACGAGCAUUUGGGCCAUUUCUUUUGUUUUAAUUUAGCCGAGGUCGACCUAUGAUGCUUCUGAGGUCGACCUAUGAAGGCAAAAGUUCGAUUUAUUUGUGCUAUUGUCUUUGAAUUAUUUGUGCAAAACUAACACUAGUCGACCUCUUCUAUUUAUGAGGUCGACCGGAUCUGUUUUGCACUCAAUUGCUACGAGCAUUUGGGCCAUUUCUUUUCGUUUUAAUUUAGCCGAGGUCGACCUAUGAUGCUUCUGAGGUCGACCUAUGAAGGCAAAAGUUCGAUUUAUUUGUGCUAUUGUCUUUGAAUUAUUUGUGCAAAACUAACACUGGUCGACCUCUUCUAUUUAUGAGGUCGACCAGAUCUGUUUUGCACUCAAUUGCUACGAGCAUUUGGGCCAUUUCUUUUCGUUUUAAUUUAGCCGAGGUCGACCUAUGAUGCUUCUGAGGUCGACCUAUGAAGGCAAAAGUUCGAUUUAUUUGUGCUAAACUUAUUGAGGUCGACCUGUGAUGAUAUUGAGGUCGACCUCGGGCCAUUUAAAUCGAUUGAAAGCCAAUUGUGACUUUCAGAAGGAGUGCAGUGCAGGACAUUAGGCCACCUUGCAUAGCAAGGUGGUCUAAUGUCCUGAACUGCACUCCUACUGAAAGUCACAAUUGCCUUUCAAUUGAUUUAAAUUUUCCGAGGUCGACCUAUGUUUUUUCUGAGGUCGACCUAUGAUUUUCAAUCGAUUUAAAUUUUGUACUUGAAUUGUUACGGGUUUAUUCGACCCAUUCUCGUUUUAAAUUAACUGAGGUCGACCUAUGAUUCUUCUGAGGUCGACCUAUUCUCGUUUUAAAUUAACUGAGGUCGACCGCUUUAUGGAGUGGUCGACCACAUAUUGUUCAAUUCGAAAAUGUGACUAACGUGUAUUCUUGCUUGUUUAAUAAGAAAAGAAAGUCACAAAAAACUGCUGCCUCAAGUUCGGAAUGGGAAGAGUUCAAUCCCAAACUGUUCCAGACCAAGGAUCAAAGUGACAACUAUGAAGAGAAGAGAAUGCAUAACCGCAGGGUGGCUCCUGGAAGGCCAUUGACGACGGAUGCGUAUUCUCAUUUCGAGAAUUACGGGUUUCUGGGACCCUUCAUCGAGCAAGAGUGGCUGAAGGUGAUAUCUCUCAAUGUACCAUACUACCCAAAACUGGUACAGUACUUCUACAACAACAUCGUCUACGAGCGCAAUGCAAAUGGAUCCAUUCACGCAUUCAAAUCCUAUGUGAAUGGGGUGGCGAUGCGCAUCAGCAAGAAUGUGUUGGCGCAAGUACUUGAGGCUCCAAACGAGGGGAAGAGAAUCAAUUCUUACGGUGCUUGGAAUGAAACGCAUUUCACGAGAGCCAAGCAAAUCCAGACGGUAUGUGGUCUUGAUGAAGAGGAAGAUGCUCAGGGGCGCAAUAGGCCAACGUGUAACCACCUGACAGCUCAAGCCAGAGUUCUUCACCACAUGCUUUCCUACAACAUUCUGCCAAAGGGUGGACAUCGGGAGACAGUCACCUACUUCGACAUGGAGCUCCUCACCAACCUACUGUUAAGCGAGAAGGUGAACUUGCCAUACUUGAUCUUUAACCACAUGCUUACUGCUGCAGAGAGUUCAAACAGGAAUCUUCCCUAUGGGAUGAUCCUCACUGUGCUAUUUGAGCAUUUUAAUGUGAAUUUAAGUGAAGAGGUGGGGUUAAGAAUCUCAAGGCAUGAGUUCUAUACUGUUUCAUCUCUGAAAAAGAUGGGCUUUGAGCUGCGUAAUUGUGAGUAUGUCAGAGUAAACAAUGCUCAUGGUGGUGAUGAUGAUGAUGAUGAUGAUGAUGAUGAGGGUGAUGAAGGAGCUCGAGACGAGCCAAUGGCGGAGGCACAGAGUUCAACUCCACCGAUCACCUUACAGCGUGUGUGGGAGCGCAUGGAUGGCAUGUACGAGUACAUGGGCCAGAUGUCCACCCAGAUGUCUGGCAUGCACGACUACAUGGGGCAAAUGACCGCCCAGAUGAGCACAAUGCAGGUGACCGUGAAUGAGAUGCGAGAUUAAUGGCGAUCUUUUAGCGGAAGAUACAUGCAUCCCACCACAUCCGACCACCAUCAUCCUAGCACCACCAAUGAAGAAAAUGUGGAUGAGAGAGAGGGGGGGAGAUGAGUAGGAGAAAUGAGUUUUUAUAUUGUGUGUUGUAGUGGUCAAAACGAUUGUUGAGUGUUAUUCUGUUGUUUUUUUAGUUUUAUUUUUAUGUGUGAACAAUUAUGAUUUCUGUUUUAUUUUUAGUUGUUAUGCUAUGAAUUGAUGAGUCCUUGUUAUAAUUAUUUAUGACUAAUUAUGAUGGUCUGAAACAUAAUUUAUACGAUUAAAAGAACCACACAAAUUGACAUACAUAAGCAAAAAAGACACGGGGCAUAGGGUGACUUUCUUGUAUUCGGUCGACCUCGUACCGGAUUAGGUCGACCGCGAAACCAACACUUGAUCUUGAUUUUACGUCAAAUAAUUGGACACUUUGAUAUAACACUUAUCUUCUAUCUGGUAGACCUCUUUCCUCAUCUGGUCGACCAUUUUGUUAAUGACUGCCAUCAAGUGGUCGACCUAUAUACCUUAGGUGGUCGACCAUGUUGUUUCUGGUGCCAACGAAAUGGCCGACCCAGGUUUUAUUCUGGUCGACCAAAAAUAACAACUUAAACUAAGUGCGGUAGACCAGGUGGUCGUUGAGGUCGACCGCAAUGCUUUCUCGUGCUGCCCAAAUUAGUCGAUUCGGUCGACCGCCUUCAGCAAUAGGUCGACCGAAAAGUGCAUGUCACCGUGACAUGCAUGUCAUAGUAGGCAUACCCAAAAACUAAUAUUAACUUUUUUUUUUAACGGGAGAGGCGUCUUAAAGAUUGAAUGGCUAAACCUCGCCCUAACUUCCUUUAUCGUCCUAACUUAAUACAUAAAAUUACUAAACUAACCUUUAAUUAACAAAAGGAAAAACAACAAAACAAACGACACUGCAAUUUCUUCAUCUUCUUUGUCACCGUAACUUUACCUUUAAUAAUCCUCCAUCAUCUUCAUCCCCCCAGCCUUCUUCGGAUAUGGGAUGUUGCUUCCGGAGGCGUCUUGACCAGCUAACACAGUGAAACCAAGGAGAAACCCAGCAAUAGAAACAUUUAAAAUCAACUGUGCAAGGAACAAAUUCUCACUUGCAGCAUUGCCGAGCCUCCCAACUAAAACAUCCCCCUAGGCUUGUUUGAAAUCAACGCAGAAAACAAAGGAGAUUGCUCUACUCUAGUCAAGAUCGCCACGCCGGCGGUGACUUGUCGGUCAACUGCGCAAGGAAACAAAUUUGGCCACUUGCUGCUGCAUCACCGAGCCGGCCAACUUAAUUAAGAGGAAGGUGAUUGAACAUUGGAUUCCAUCUAGCCAACUUAAUUAAGAGGAAGGUGAUUGGACAUUGGAUUUGAUUUUUAUAAUAUAAAAUUAAAUUCAGAAAUAGAAAAGGAAAAGGAUAAAGAAGUGAUUGUCAGUCUAAAUUUAGGGCGAUUACAAAAAAACUAGGGCGACAAUUAGCAACCCCUAAAGAUUGAAUGACUAAAGAUUUAAAGAUCGUCACAACCUUCAUGAUUGUUAAUUUUGUUUUUUCCCCAAGUAAUCUACAAAAAUUAUAAUAGCAAAACAUGGGUCAGAUUUUCAGGAUUUAAAAAAUGCAGCAACCAGAGGGUUUCCCGGAAGGGCAAACCUGUCAUUUCCAACCAAUUUAAUGAAGCUCUGCGUUUUGCUUCAAACCGCCCCGCUGGACAACUUAGACCGCUGAAUGGGCCUAACAAAGGCGGCCCAAUUCAGGGCGACGCAUAUACGGCCCCAAACACCGACGCAUAUAAUAUAAUCUCCUCUCCGCUAAUCUUUUUCUGUUUUUUGUCUCCAUCAAGUUGGGUCUAAAUUGAUCAAUUCGUGUGCGGCAAGCGGUAUGAUUUUUUGUUUUUCUGAAUGUGCGCCAUGACUAGAGAUGUCUAUAAUCUAUACACAAUUGGGGGUUCCGUAUUGUUCAAGUUGCCAAAGACACAAUUGGGUAACCCAGAAUCCACAUAAUCCAUAAUUUAAAUUACAUGUAUUGUGGCUUUGUGUGAUUGGGAACCAUUAUGGAUAUAAUUUAGUCAAGCAUGUACUGUUACGUUCUACCCUUAUCAAGGAUGUUAAAUAAGCCAUUAAGUCUGUUUGACAAGUGCUUUAAGGUUUUAAGGUCAAUCGAGUUCGCUUAGUUUAAGUCGGUUUUAACAUAAUAUGUGAGAAAACCUCUAAUAUCAAAUAGAUUAUACAUAUAUUUGACAUAUUUGAAAACAACUUCAAUAAUCUAUAUUCAUAUAUUACCAAAUUAAUUCUUAUAUAUAUAUGGUGACUUCUACGGUGCCCAGGGCAAAAUCCGGGGUACGGGUACCUUGGCCGAUCUUAACCAUUCAUUCUCAAUCUCCACGGCUCAUGUUUGUUGAACCUAACUGCGCCACUAAAUAACUAAACAAAUUACAAAAAGCCUCCUUACGCAUUAAGAUUGUUUUCAUCCUAGUCCAACUAACUGCCCCGAUUAAAUUAAAUGGAUUAAGACUGCAAACCCAAUUGGGUAGACCCACUGCCGCCCUAACCAAUUUCCAGUCUGCCUAACCAAUUACACGAUCCCUCUCUCGUCUACGAGGGACGCCCCUUCACGGUUCCAAGAGAAGCUCCCCAUCCAAUUUGAACUCUCCAACUUAAUCAUCUUUUUGAAUCCCAAUUCCUUGUUUGUUCUUCGCCAUUUUAUUUCCCCUCGCCUAUCUCUUUCUAACACGAUUACGGCGACCAUGUCUAUUAUUGUGUUCAUCAAACUUUUCAUUUUGCUAACCCUAGGGUUCAUGUCGCUAGUGCUUUGUCAUCUUGUCUUACCGUUAUUGUCAUUUUCUCGAAACUUCUAUCACUCAAUGAAAUUAAGGUUUUCUGAUAUGUAGUGUUCGUCUCGCCCAAUGCUGUCAAAAGCGUGAUUCUACCUAAAAGAGAAAAGGGGUAAAAUCGAAAAGCGGUGAAGCAAAGCGUAAAAGCGUAAGUUUUUUUAUGCAUCCUGUAUAAUAGUUAAAAAUCUGUUAAGUAUGACAUAAACUAUGUAAAUAUAAGUGCACAAAGUUUAGAUAAAAAGAAUAAAUACCUUCAAUUCAU